UGACCAACAUCAAAACCCAAGAGGUUUUAUCAAUACCUCUCUCCCGUCUAACUCGGAGAAAGCCAUCCAUACACCAUCUACCAACCACAAAAAUGGGCACCCCCUUCAUCGCCACCCUCGAGCCUCCUGGUCUCGCCCUUUCCCCCUGGAACGCCUCUCUCCCCCCUUCCCAGCAAUCCCCCUCCACAACCAGCACCAUCCCCAAGACCUUUCUCGACGCCAUGACCAUCCGCGAAUCCGUCUUUAUCAACGAGCAACAAAUCCCCGCCGAAAACGAAUUCGACGCCAACGAUGCUCGCUCCGUCCACUUCGUCAUCUACGCCUCCAUCAACCAAGUUGUCCAGCAAGAGGAGCGGGAUGCGAACAGUGGGAGAGUCAUGAGACCAAGAAAGUCAGAGACGCGGUCGGUUCCCAUUGGUACCGUCAGGAUAGUCCCUUUUCCUCACGCCCCGCAUCCUGUCAAGGGAGGGAAGUAUUUAGCGGAUGAGUUGGUGAACCUGGAGGAGCUGGACUCGGAGACCAAGAAGGCGUUGGAGGUGGUGCAGAGGGGCGGGAAAGAUCGCAAGACGACUUUGCACGAUGGAGAGGAAGUCUACAUGAAACUGGGGCGACUGGCUGUCUUGAAAGAGUUUCGCGGCCGUGGCAUCGCAGGCCAGCUGAUCAGGCGCGCCUUGGACUGGAUGAGAGAGCACCCCAGGUAUUUCAGCCCGUCGGUCAAGGAGAGGGGGUUCGAAGCCCUGGGAAUCGAUCCGGAAAGGGACGCGAGGAUGAUGCCUAAGUGGCGAGGUCUGUUUUGCGUUCACGCCCAGGUCAGUGCCGUCGGUGCUUGGCAGAGGGCUGGCUUUGUGGUGGAUGAAGAGAUGGGGAGGUGGUGGGAGGAGGGGAUUGAGCAUGUUGGCAUGUUUUGUCGGGUGGAUGCGAGGGCGUAGGGGUAUCUGCUGGAGUCGGGGCUGAGGACGGAUGGACAUUGGGGAAUAUUGAGCAAAGGUGUUGGUGGUCGGUAGUGGUAUUUGUGACAGUGUUUCCUUCUUAUGAGCGGGUGUGUGUGACAUUGAUACCAUAAAAAGGGUGAUGGGAAGAUGGGUCAAAAAGGGCUAG